AUGGAAGAAUACCAACAUGAAAGCAGCUCCACACCUCAUAGAGUAAGUCUCUUGUACUCUCCAAUCUCCUCUUCCAAUAGAAACGAUAACACCCACAACAACAGCAGCAACAAUAACAAUUAUGAUCCUGGUUACAACAAUACUAACAACAACAAUCAUCAACAUAUGUUGUUCCCACAAAUGAGCUCUUUUUUUCCUCAAACUACCGAGAAUUGCUUUCGAUCCGAUCAUGAUCAGCCCACCAACCCAUCUGUUAAAUCCGAAGCAAGCUCCUCAAGGAUCAAUAACUACUCUAUGUUGAUGAAAGCCAUCCACAAUACCCAAGAAGCUCACAACAACAACAAUGAUGUGGAAGCCAUGAAGGCUAAGAUCAUCGCUCAUCCACACUACUCUACCCUCUUACAAGCUUACUUGGACUGUCAAAAGAUCGGAGCACCAACCGAGGUGGUUGAAAGAUUUAUAGCCACGCGGCAAGAGUUUGAGGCGCGGCAACAGCGGUCAACACCGCCCGUGACUGCAUCAUCCAGAGACCCGGAAUUGGAUCAAUUCAUGGAAGCAUACUGUGACAUGUUGGUUAAAUAUCGAGAGGAGCUAACACGACCCAUUCAAGAAGCAAUGGAAUUUAUACGUCGUAUUGAAUCUCAGCUUAGCAUGGUGUGUCAGGGUCCCAUUCACAUCCUCAACAAUCCUGAUGGGAAAAGUGAGGGAAUUGGAUCGUCAGACGAAGAGCAAGAGAACAACAGUGGAGGGGAAACAGAAUUACCGGAAAUAGACCCCAGGGCGGAAGAUUGGGAACUUAAGAAUCACUUGCUGAAGAAGUACAGUGGAUACUUGAGCAGUCUAAAGCAAGAACUGUCCAAGAAAAAAAAGAAAGGCAAACUUCCCAAGGAGGCAAGGCAGAAGCUUCUCACGUGGUGGGAGUUGCAUUACAAGUGGCCGUAUCCUUCUGAAUCAGAGAAGGUGGCAUUGGCGGAAUCAACAGGUUUAGAUCAGAAACAAAUCAACAAUUGGUUCAUAAACCAAAGAAAACGUCACUGGAAACCUUCCGAAGACAUGCAGUUCAUGGUGAUGGAUGGUCUGCAGCACCCACACCACGCAGCUCUAUACAUGGAUGGUCAUUAUAUGGGCGAUGGACCUUAUCGUCUCGGGCCAUAAGAGACCGAAUAUGCAGAGAUCCAAAAAUGUUAGCCAUAUUAGCCAUAUUAUAACAAACCUCUUGUGGCAUUCUUCAUUUACAAUUCGUGAUUUGAACUCCCUAGAUCAGUUUACUACCUAUAGCUUUAUUUGUUUUACCCGUUUUGUAAUGUCUUAUCUUUGGCGGGUUUGAGACGUCCUAGAAAAUAUCUUUUUACUUUAAUUUCACUUUUUGAAUCGUUUUUCCCCUAAUGUGAUAUUUAUAAUA